AUGACGGAACAAACUGUACCUUACACGCCCUUGGAUGCUCCUCUCCCCCCGGUUUCUACAGAAGAGGUGUUUACGGAACUCCAGUGGAGGACCCUGCUUUCCUUGGCAGAUACUGUUAUUCCUUCUGUUCGCGGGCCUAGGGGGCGCAAAUCUCGAUCAGCCAAGGUAGUGUCACAGGAGAGGCUGGAUUCUGCCCUCUCAGCACUCAAAGCCACCAUCCCUGGCCCGGAUGCAGCUGCCCUUGCAACACAGUAUCUGGAGGAAAGCUUGUGCUCUAUUCCCAAGGUCCGGCAGGCACUCCAACUUCUUUUUACACAGUAUGUGCAUCAGGAAGGGAAAAAUGGACUGAGUUUUGUCUUGACUGCCUUGAAUACCAAGGCUGGGUCCCUCAUGCUGACGGGAUCUAUAACUCCAAUUCAGAAUCAACCCUUUGAUGUUCGGGAGCAGAUUUUCCAAAGCUGGUCCGACUCCCGGCUACCACCGGUUCGUGCGAUUUACCGGGCUCUUACGGCGAUCUUCAAGAGGACAUGGGUGACCUUUAGUCCUGCUCUCUACGCAACCCUUGGCGUUCCUCUCGUUCCUGUUCAUGGUGUUCCCAAAGAUGGGUUCAAAUUCGAGUUUCUGCAAUUCCCCCCAUCCGAAAAGCCAGAGAUUAUUGAAACCGACAUCGUCAUUAUCGGGAGCGGCUGUGGUGGUAGCGUAGCCGCCAAAAACUUGGCAGAGGCAGGGCACCGAGUGAUAGUCACUGAGAAGGCCUACUCAUUCACAUCCCGACAUUUCCCUAUGAAGCCCCAUGAAGGUUUCAACAAUAUGUUCGAUGCUGCCGGCACUACUAUGAAUGACGAGGGGUCAAUGGGCGUUCUCUAUGGAUCAACCUGGGGAGGCGGCGGUACUGUCAAUUGGUCCGCUUCACUUCAAACACAGGGAUACGUGCGCCAGGAAUGGGCAGAAAAGGGCCUUCCGCUCUUCACUACAUGGGAAUUCCAAAAAAGCUUGGACCGUGUCUGCGAUCGUAUGGGAGUCAGCGCUAAAUUCAUCAAGCACAAUCCGGCCAACCGCAUGAUCCUCGAGGGUGCUCGGCAACUUGGUUAUGCAGCGCAAGCUGUGCCACAAAAUACCGGUGGAACAGUGCACUACUGUGGAUACUGCACCCUAGGCUGCCACUCAACCGGAAAGAAAGGUCCCACGGAGACAUUCUUGGCUGAUGCUGCAAAUGCUGGCGCAACAUUCAUUGAGGGCUUUAAAGCAGACAGGGUCCUCUUUAGCAAGACCAAGGCCGGUCAGGUUGCAUCAGGGGUCGUCGGCACCUGGACAUCUCGCGAUGCGCACUUUGGCGUCUCGGGAGUUGGUUCGGUUAAGCGAAAGGUUAUCAUCAAAGCAAAAAAAGUUAUUGUUUCUUGUGGCUCCCUGCACAGUCCUCUUCUGCUGCUACGCAGUGGCAUCAAAAACUACUAUAUUGGUCGCAAUCUUCAUCUUCAUCCUGUUGCUAUCGCAACGGCUGUCUUUCAAGAAGCUACUCGGCCUUGGGAAGGAGCCUGCCUGACGACAGUUGUCAACGAGUUCGAGGACCUUGACGGCAAGGGCCAUGGAGUCAAGCUCGAAGGCGUAUCUAUGCUUCCGGGGGCAAUUCUUCCAAUCCUCACUUGGCGCGAUGGGCUCGACUACAAACUUCAGGCGGCGAAACUCUCCCACUCGGCGGGAUUCAUCACACUCACCAAAGAGCGAGACCCAGGGCGUGUUUACCCUGAUCCUCAUGAUGGACGAGUUCGAAUCGACUACAGUGUUUCUGCUUUUGAUCGCAAGCACAUCCUGGAAGGUCUCAUUGCGAGUGCCAAGAUUGCAUAUAUCUCUGGAGCCAAGGAGAUCCACACAUCGUUCCGCGAUAUGCCGCCAUUUAUCCGACCCGAAGAAGACGUCGAAGGGUCUCCCGAUGGAACCAACAGUCCCGCUCUCCAAGCAUGGAUUACCGAGUUCCGCCGCAAGGGACUUAGUUCGGAGAAGGUUAUGUUUGCUAGUGCACACCAGAUGGGCAGUUGCCGCAUGGGCUCAUCCGCACGCAAUAGCGUUGUUGACCCGGAAGGUCAAGUUUGGCGCACCCAAGGAUUAUAUGUGGCUGAUGCGUCUGUAUUUCCGAGUGCUAGUGGGGUAAAUCCUAUGAUCACCAAUAUGGCAAUUUCAGAUUACAUCAGUAGAAACCUCAUCGCACUGAUGGAGAAGAAAACCACGCGACUCUAA